AUGACGCCAAAUGUGAAUGAUGAUACUGUAAAUGGAUUUGUUGAUGAGAAAUUUGCAAAAGUUUUGGAGGCUUUUAGGUGAGUUUUGAUGACAAAUAUUUCGGGUUUUUGUGGAAAAAUUGGGAAAAGUUUCUUUGAAACUGAUUUUUAAAUUUAAAAUUUUAAAAUCUAGUUUUCCUAACUCAGAGUAGUGUUUAAAAAUUUUCAAUUCAUUUUUUCAUCCCUAGAAAAUACUAUUUUUCAUGCGAAAAUAACAUUUCCCCCAAAAAAAAAAAUGCAAAAAAUAAAAAGAAAACAACGAGACUCCACGUUGACGACUCCCAAAAAGUUAAGCAGUCACAAAAAUAAGCAGUCCCAAAAAAUAAGCAGUCCCAAAAAUAAGCAGUCCCAAAAAGUUAAGCAGUCCCAAAAAAUAAGCAGUCCCAAAAAAAUAAGCAGUCCCAAAAAUAAGCAGUCCCAAAAAUAAGCAGUCCCAAAAAUAAGCAGUCCCAAAAAUAAGCAGUCCCAAAAAAUAAGCAGUCCCAAAAAAUAAGCAGUCCCAAAAAGUUAAGCAGUCCCAAAUUUCUCUGCUUCUCUGCGUCUCUCGUUGAUUAGCAUGCAGAGAGAUAAAUAAGGAGUCCCAAAAUUUUUUUUUUUGAUUUUCUCAAAAAAAAAAUUAUCAACUCGUGAUUUUCCAAAUAUACAAAUCACAAAAAGAAAAUUCUCUUCCGAUAAGGAAUCGCCAAAAGUUCAAAAAUUCCAGAAGAAACUUUGGUCAAGGCGAAGAACGUGAAGGCGCAGCCUUCGCAGUUUAUCACAAAGGCGAGCUCGUUGUGAAUCUAUACGGUGGCUAUGCCGACAAAGAAUCCAAUCGAAAAUGGGCCCCGAAUCAGAAAAGUGUGAUGUUUUCCUCAACAAAAGCUUUAACAUCAAUCGUAAUUGCGAUGCUGGUAGAUCGAAAAUUCAUCAAAUAUUCUGACAGAAUCAUCGAUCAUUGGCCAGAAUAUGGACAAUUUGGGAAGAAUUCCACAACUAUUGAAGAUGUUAUGAGUCAUAAAGCUGGAGUUCCAUAUUUAUCCCAAGAUGUUUCCAUCGAAGAUGUUCGAAACAAUUGGAAAUCUGUGAUGGAAAAAGUGGAGAAAACAAUUCCAGCUUGGAAACCUGGAACAGCUUCUGGCUAUCACGCGGUCACUUUUGGCUUCAUUUUAGAUGGUUUAGUUAGAAAAGUCGACCCGUUAUCUAGAGGAAUUCAAGAAUUUUUCGAUCAAGAAAUCGCUGAACCCUAUGAUUUAGACAUCUCAAUUGGAAUCAGGGAUAAAUCUGAAGUUCCAUAUCUCACAAGAUUGACGACUCCGAGUAUUUGGGAAUUUGCGAGGGAUAUUAUAAAAGAUCCGAAGAUUUUGAUUAUGUUGUGUUUGAUGUAUGUGAGAUUGGAUGAAAUUGUGGAUAAAAUGAGGAGUAAUCCGGAUUGGUUAUUGGUUAAUUAUGUGAGUUUUUAGACUAAUCUGAGCAAUGGCUCAGUUUUUUCAAGAAAAAUCCAGAAAUUCUGCUAUAAAUCAUGGUCUACCCUGAGCAAUCCCUAUAUUAACUUGAAGAAAAAAAUCUGAAUCCAGAAAUUCUGCUAGAAAUUUAAGCCUAACCUGAGCAAUGCCUAAUUUUCUUCAAAAUACAAAAAAAUGCCUAAUCUGAGCAAUCCUGAAUUCAUUUUCAGGUUUAAAAAUCAAAAAUCCGGAAAUUUUAGUCUAAUCUGAGCAAUGCCUAAUUUUCUUCAAAACCCACCCAAUUUCUCAGCCUAACCUGAGCAAUCCCUAAAUCAUUUUCAGUUUGAAAAAUCUGAAAAUCCGGAAAUUCUGCUAGAAAUCAUAGUCUAACCUGAGCAAUGCCUAAUUUUCUUUGAAACCCACCAAAUUUUUCAGCCUAACCUGAGCAAUCUCUAUAUUAUUCGCAAGGAAAAAUAAAAAAAAUCCAGAAAUUUUGCUAGAAAUUUAAGCCUAACCUGAGCAAUCCCCAUUUCAUUUUCAAAAAAAACAACAAUUUUACAGCCUAAUCUGAGCAAUCCCUGAAUUCAUUUUCCAAGAAAAAAACUGAAAAUCUCGAAAUUCUUCUAGAAAUUUUAGCCUAACCUGAGCAAUGCCUAAAUUUCUUCAGAAUACAUCAAAACACCUAAUUUUUCAGCUUAACCUGAGCAAUCCCUAGAUCAUUUUCAGGUUAAAAACUCUGAAAAUCUAUAAUUAUUUUCUAGAAUUUUUAGCCUAACCUGAGCAAUGCCUAAUUUUCUUCAAAAUUCACCAAAUUUUUUUCAGCCUAACCUGAGCAAUCCCUAAUUCAUUUUCAGGAUUAAAAAUCUGAAAAUCCAGAAAGUUGAGCCCAAUCUGAGCAAUGCCUAAUUUUCUUCAAAACUCUCCUAAAUUUACAGAUUAAUCUGAGCAAUCCCUAAUUCAUUUUGAAAAAUUUCCAUUUUUAGGGAAAUCUGAGCAAUGCCUAAAUUCAUUUUCCAGAAAAAAGCUGAAAAUCUAGAAAAUUUUCCAUAAAUUUGAGCCUAACCUGAGCAAUGUCUCAUUCUCUUCAAAACUCUCCUAAACUUUCAGUUAAACCUGAGCAAUCUUAAAUUAAUUUUCAAGAAAAAUUCAUUUUUAGUCUAACCUGAGCAAUCCCUCAUUUUUUUUCAAGAAAAAUUUUGAAAAUCUAGAAAUUUGAGCCUAAUCUGAGCAAUGCCUAAUUUUCUUCAAAACCCACCCAAUUUCUCAGCCUAACCUGAGCAAUCUCUAUAUCAUUUUCAAGAAAAAAUCUGAAGAUCCAGAAAUUCUUCUAGAAACUUGAGCCUAACCUGAGCAAUCCAUAAUUCAUUUUCAAGGAAAAUCCAUUUUCAGCUUAAUCUGAGGAGCAAUCCCUAUAUGAUUCUCAAGAUUAAUCCAGAAAUUCUUCUAGAAAUUUGAGCCUAACCUGAGCAAUGCCUAUAAAAUCUCCAAUGUUUCCAGGACACAAUGGUUCUAAAUGAUCCCGAAAUCGUAUCUCUUCCACUUCCAGCUGUAACUGGAAUCGGAAGUGCCCCAGAUAUUGCAAAAUUGAUGUCUCUAGUUGUGGAAAAUCAGAUUAUCUCAAAUUCCACUCUCAAAAUCCUAUCGCAACCAACUUUGAAUAGUUGGCAUUUGGAAAAAGUGACAAUUUGGCCAGUUAUCAAAGGACAUGGAUUCUUCUAUGAGAAACAUCCGCUAGUUCCGGUAAGUCACAGACUACACUGUAGUCUAGAAAUCUAGGCUAGAAAUACUAUUUACUUUCGUGAUUUGACCAUUUCGUUCAGACAACAUCAAAAAUAAAAUAAAUAAAUAUUGUUUUUUGGAGUUUUUGUGGUCUGAACUUGUGGAUUUUUGAAUUUUGGAGCGAGUCGGGAAAUUAUUUUAGUUAAGUUCUAAAAAUAAGGGAUUAAAAUGAACUUAAGGUGAAGUUAGCGGAAAUUAAGGAUGAAAAUUGAGGCUGAAACUUAUGUUAACUUAAGGUUUAGGCUUAGCUGAAUUAAAAGCUGAAAAUGAGCCGAAACUUUGCUUAAAUUAAGGUUUUUCUAAAUUUAAGGCUUUAAGGUUGAACCUAAGGCUUAGGCUUACUAAAUUUCAGGCUGAAAUUAUAGCUGAAACUUAGCUUAACUUAAAGGUGAAGUCAACGCUGAAAUUAAGGCUUAGGUUUAGCUGAAUUUGAGGCUGCAAGUAGGCCUGAAAUUAAGGCUUAACUUAAGGCUGACCAUAAGGCUUAGCCUUAACUCAAUUUAAGGCUGAAUUUAAGGAAGGCUGAAUUUAAGGCUGAAACCUGUAACUUAGCUUAACUUGAAGCCUAAAACUCCCAAAAAAAAUUGCAACAUUUUCAUACCUUCUCAUAAAAUUUAUGUGGUCAUAAAGUUUAUGGAAAAAAAUAUUUAACAAAUUUUAUUUUUAAUAUUUUUGAAGAACAAUUUUGGGAUUUUUUAAAAACAAUUUUUAAAAACUCACUUUUCGUCCAGUUUUCGUCAUGAUUCAAAAUCAUUCGACCAAAAUUCGCUUCAAUAUUUCCAUGACGUGGUUUUCUGUAAAAUAGAAAUUCGUGAAAUUCAAAUAAGAAAGAAAAAACUGAAGAAAACUUCAAGAAAGCACAUUUUUCAAAAAAAAAUUACUUGUUGAGCACCAAUUCUAGUAUAAAACUAUCAAAAAUCAAUUGAACUUGUGUUACUUGUAAUAGGAAAAUAGAUAAAUAUGAAUUUUACAACAAGUUUCUUCGAAAAACAGCAAAAAAUACGUUUUCGAAAUAAAAAACAAAAAAACACGAAAAUAAAAGUAAAAAUGGAAGUGCGCUCCAUUGAUAAAAAUUGCGCGCUCGUUCAAAAAUUUGUGUGUUUUAUUUUUUUUUGUUUUUUUAUAGGGAAAAAUUAUCAGAUAAAAGGCAUAUCACGCUUAGUUUCAUGCAAAUUUAGUUAAAAAUUUUCCGGCGAGGUGAAAACAACCUUUUUGACUGAAAAUACGACGUUUUUACUGAAAAACAAGCAAAAAUUUGAUGUUUUUCAAGAAAAUCUCAAUUUGGCGAGUAAAAGACUGUGAUUUCCAGGAUGCUUACACAUUUGGUCACCCUGGCUAUGGUGGACAAUUUGUUCAUAUGGACCCAGUUUCCGAAUUGGCAAUAGUCUAUUUGGCAAAUGGUUUGAAAACUGGAACUGGAGAAUUGUGUGCAACUUAUAUGCGACUUUUGAAGGAAACUUAUAAUUCGAUAAGGAUUUGA